AUUUACAAAUACACGUGCCGUGUGUUUUGCUGUUGCUAGUUGCUUCCAAAGAAUAUUAAAUAUAUUGCAAAAAACAGACAAAUAUCUCGGAAAAUGAAGGUGAAAAUGAUAAGCCGUAAUCCGGACGAGUAUGUCCGUGAAACCAAACACGAACAUCAUAAACUACCACGAAAUUACGAUCCUGCUUUGCAUCCCAUGGAAUCGGCCCGUGAAUAUGUUCGUGCCUUGAAUGCUACCAAACUGGAAAGAGUGUUUGCCAAACCGUUUGUUGGCAACUUGAGUGGUCAUCGCGAUGGUGUAUCCUGUUUCGGCAAACAUCCAAAACGUUUGUCCACCCUGACAAGUGGCGCCUAUGAUGGUGAAGUACGGGUCUGGGAUUUAGCCAAUCGAGAGAGUAUUCGUAGUUUUGUGGCACAUGAGGGGUUUGUGCGUGGCAUUUGUUAUAAUGUCUCCGGUGAACGUUUCUUUACGGUGGGUGAUGAUAAAAACAUUAAGGUUUGGAAUUCGAAUGCACCCGAUGUUGGUGAGGAUGAGGAGCCCAUAAAUACCAUAUUAAGUCGCACCAUGAUAACUGGCAUUUCACAUCAUCGUAAAGAAUCCAAAUUUGCAACAUGUGGUGAAUAUUGUUCCAUCUGGGAUGAGAGUAGAAAUGAUCCAUUGAAGAACUUGAAGUGGGGUGUUGAUACUUUACAUGAUGUGGCUUUUAAUCCGGUGGAGACAUCCGUAUUGGCUUGCUGUGGUAGUGAUCGUUCGAUUAUCUUAUAUGAUCAACGUGAAGCAAAUCCUUUGAGGAAAAUGGUAAUGACUAUGAAGAGUAAUAAACUGGCAUGGAAUCCCAUGGAAGCAUUCAACUUUACAGUGGCCAACGAGGAUUGCAAUUUGUACACCUUUGAUACACGCCAACUAAGGAAUCCCCUCAAAAUACAUUUCGACCAUGUCUCUGCGGUAACGGAUGUUGACUAUUCGCCCACCGGCAAAGAAUUUGUCUCGGGCAGUUAUGACAAAACCGUACGUAUCUACAAUGUCCAUCAAAGUCAUUCACGUGAUAUUUACCACACAAAACGUAUGCAACAUAUCGUCUGUGUGGCUUGGUCAUUGGAUAAUCGUUAUCUCUUCACCGGUUCGGAUGAAAUGAAUAUACGUAUGUGGAAGGCUAAGGCAUCGGAAAAACUCGGAGUUAUACGACCCCGUGAACGUGUUGCAUUCAAUUAUCAAGAGGCACUCAAAGAAAAAUAUGCUGCCCAUCCACAAAUUAAGCGUAUCGCUAGACAUCGUCAAGUACCGCGUCAUGUAUUGAAUUCACAGAAGAAAAUGCGUGCCGUUAAGGAUAAGGAAUUGCGUAAGGAAGCCAAUGUCCGUAAUCAUUCGAAACCCGGAUCGGUGCCAUUUGUGGGCGAAAAGAAAAAGGCUGUGCUCAAGGAAGAAGUUUAGUUUAAUUAAAAGUCGAUAGUGUUUGUGCACCAGAAGAUGAAAAUGCUAGUUUUUAAGAAUGUUUUUUAGAUUUUAAAUAAAAAAAUAAUAUCAAAAA